AGAUUAUGGCUACUGAAUUUCCACGAUGGGAUAAAUCUAGAGAGCAAAAAGUGCAGAAUUAGAAUUUUGUGGGAUAGGAAAAGCCAAAUGCUGCAAAAAUGAUAGCAAGUGCAAACCUCAUCUCCUGCAAUUUCUUAAGCUUUGGCCCUCUUCUUCAUCCCAAACUUCAUCACAAAAAUACACUAUUAUCAUUAUCCUCCUCCUCUCUUUUACCAAGACCUCCAAUUCUUCUGCAACUUAAUUAUGGUUGGAGGAGACCAAUAUCUCUAAAUAAAAAGAACUGCAAUUCCCAAAUUUGUUUAAGUUCAAUUUCUGAGGACCCAAUUGUUGAAGAAAGAGAAUCUGAUGAAGAUGAAAAUGGGGUUGAAGGUGAUGGAGAUGGUGGUAGUGGUGGAGAUUGGACAACCUCAAUUUUGCUCUUCUUUUUCUGGGCUGCCAUUAUGUACUAUGUUUUUAAUCUCUCUCCUAAUCAAACCCCAUCAAGGGACUUGUACUUCGUGAAGAAGCUUUCCAACUUGGUUGGGGACGAUGGAUUCGAGAUGAAUAAAGUACUCGUGUCGCUCUGGUACAUCAUGGGUUUGUGGCCAAUUGUUUACAGCAUGCUACUAAUCCCCUCUGGUAGAAGCUCUAAAAGUGGCAUUCCUGUCGGGCUGUUUGCCACUCUUUCAUUUUUUGGAGGUGCUUAUGUUCUUCUUCCCUAUUUCAUUAUUUGGAGACCUCCACCACCCAAGGUCAAAGAAGGCGAAUUAAGUAGCUGGCCUCUGAAUUUCCUGGAAUCAAAGCUAACUGCUGGGUUCUUUGGCGCUGUAGGACUAGGCCUCAUAGUAUAUGCAGGCUUGGCACAAGGUGAUUGGCAGGAGUUCUAUCAGUACUUCAGAGAAAGCAAGUUGGUCCAUGCAACUAGCCUUGAUUUCACUCUUCUAUCAGCGUUUGCACCUUUCUGGGUUUACAAUGAUAUGACAGCAAGAAAAUGCUAUGACAAGACAGCAUGGCUUCUUCCUUUUUCGAUAAUCCCUCUUUUAGGUCCUGCUUUAUACCUUCUUCUGCGGCCACCACUAACAACAAUGCCUGUUUCACUUGAAAGUACAUUGAAGUCUGAUUGAGGGUUUGUUUACUACUUAUUGGGCUUUCAAUCACAUGACGCAUCAAAUGGCGUGAGAGGAUUAUUUCCUCAGAUAAAUAUGGCUGCUAUGGCUGAAUAUAGAUGCAGCACUUAUCCGCUGAUUCUCGACAUGCAAAUGACUAUCGUUUGAGUCUGAGUAAACUUGUUAUCCUACAAGUUAGAGAUCAUCAACCCAUUUUAGUUUGAGAAACGAGAAUCUCAGAGAGAGCUCAUCAGCAGUUCUCAGUUGAAAAGUAUCCAAGGCUUCUUUUGUUUGGGCAACUUCUGUUUCCCCCUAACCCCCUUGGAUCUACCCAUCUACCAUAAAUAAAAAAAAAAAAAAAAAACCCCUUGGAACUAUAGAUAAAUGUUUCCUAUGCUAUAGUUAUCAAAUCUCACUUUAAUUCAUUAUUUUCAUUCAAUUGUGGAACUUUUUGCAUGUCAAGAUAGUUUGUGUUAAGAUACUCAUUCUUGAAGUUCAUAGUGAUUUUCCCAAUA